GUCAUCGGAACCCUGGACAACAACGAAAGCAUUAUGGGUAGCAGUUAGUAUUGAAAGAUUAUGUUUUGCCAGAUAUUAACUCUUUUUUUUAUUAUUAUUUAUGAGUAAGUGUUAGUAUUGAGUGUGUGCUUUAUAUGUUAAUCAUUUCUGACGUCAAUGUAACGGAAUUCCGUUGAGUUUUGUUUUGCGUUUGAUGAGAUUAUUAGCGUGCGCGCGCACACAUCUGCUUCCGGUGUGUGCCUGAGUGAGUGUGUGUGUGUAAGACCAGGAUGGAGUGUGUGAAGGCGAGUGUGUCGUCCGCGCAGGAUGAGGCGGAGGGAAAGACUCCGCUAACGCCGUUUAUGCUAGCUAAGAUCGAGAGGAACCGACAGAGGGCGCUGAUGCUGCGGCAGGCCAGACUCGCCAACCGGCAUCUCGCUGGAGACGGUGCCACGGCAGCCAAAGUGGCGAAAACCAUCGACUCCGGUGCCGGCUUCUUCAUCGAGGAGGAUGAGGAGGAGGACGAGCAGCGCGCCGCCAGAGUAGUGCACGAACCCGCCCCGGUGAUGGAGCCGGAUUAUCUGGUGUGUGAGGAGUGCGCCAAGCCGUUCAUGGACUCGUACCUCAGCAACAGUUUCGAUCUCUCAGUGUGUGACAAGUGCAGAGACAGCGAGGAGAAACACAAGCUUAUUUCUCGCACUGAGUCGAAGCAGCUGUUCCUGCUGAAAGACUGCGACCUGGACCGGCGUGAGCCGCCCCUGCGCUUCGUCCUGAAGAAGAACCCACACAACCCCCACUGGGGCGACAUGAAGCUCUACCUCAGGUCACAGGUGGUGUCUCGGUCUCUGGAGGUUUGGGGCAGUGAGGAGGCUCUGGAGGAGGCGCGAGAGGCUCGAGAGGAGAACAGGGAGGUGCAGAAACAGAAACGCUUCAACAAAAAAGUAAAAGAGUUGAGGCGCGCUGUGAGGAGCAGUGUUUUCAGGAAAGACACCGGUGUCCAUCAGCAUGAUUACGGUGAUGAGGAGCUGCUGGACGAGGACGAGGACCUGUACAGGAAAGUGUGUAAGACAUGCGGACACCAGCUCACCUACGAGAAGAUGUAGAGCCGGCUGUGUCCCCAGUCCGUCCUGAUCUCACUACCUCUCUUACACACACACACACACACACACACACACACAUGCUGCGAGAAAUGUUCACGGACAUCACAAUAAUGGGAUCUUCAACACACAUGGUGCUGCGUUUCAAUAAAAGGGGAGGAGUCUUCUUAUGACAUGCUCCCUACACCUGCUGCCUUCCUAGGGAACAAAACUCUGAUUAGAACACAGCCACAGUGGCCCUCUGUUACGUUCCAAGUAAAUGAAAUGUAAAUAAAUUUUGUAAUG